UAAUAUAGUCACUGGCAUCAUCUGAAGCCCAGCCCAGUCCCAGCACCAUCUCUCCUGAUAGUGAGUUCUACUGCCCGCUGCCUGCCCAUUGCCUGUCCGCUGCCUGCCUGCACCUUCACUCGCCUGACCCUUGUGCGGAACCUGCCAAUAAAAAACCUACAAUGUCCCAGAAGAGUCAGGAUUCCGACCAAGAGGAGCUGUUUGAGGACAUUGAUGAGGAUGAAAUCUUGGCCAACUUGUCCCCAGAGGAACUGCGGGAGCUGCAGAAUGAGAUUGAAGUGCUAGCUCCGGAUCCAGAGGUGCCAGUGGGCAUGUUACAGAGAGACCAGACUGAGAAAGCUCCGACGGGUCAAUUUGAUCAUCGAUCCCUGAUUGAUUACCUGCACUGGGAGAAGCAAUCCAAACGAAUGGUGGAAGAAGAGAGGGUUCCAGUGACUCUCCUGCCAUCUGAGAGAAACUUUCUGAGAACCGAGACGGAGGAAGCUUGCAAACAGAAAAAUGAAAAUGAAGAAGCAGCCGAGGAUUUGCCCGACAACUUUCCAGAUGAUAAAGACAAUACAGUGGAAAAUCACGUCAGCGACACAGAAGAGAAAUGUAAAGAAAACGAUGAUAAGCCAGAGAUACCGUCACCUGACAAUGCAGAUUUAGAAAAAGCUGCUGAGAACGAAAAUAUAAAAACCAUUGAGAAUGAAAAUAUAAAAGCCACUGAGAAUGAAAAUAUAAAAGCCACAGAGAAUGAAAAUAUAAAAGCCACUGAGAAUGAAAAUAUGGUGGAAAACAGCCAACCAGAAUGUGGUGUAAAUGAACCAAUUCCGGAAAUUGUGGAAAACGAGAAACCCGAAGAAGAAAUUAGCAACAGCGUUCAGACAACUGAUGACAUUUCUGAUCCGGUUGAAAAAAUGCCAGAAAAUAAGCCAAAUGGGAAAGUAGGUAAAUUAAACCUGCCUAAGAAAUUGACCCUCGACAGCAGCUUCAUAAAGAUGAGCGCAAGGCCUUCUGGGAACCAAACCAACCUGGACAGAACGCUGCAGAGUAUUCGAGAGAACAACGCAGAUGUGAAAGAAGUGAAUUUGAAUAACAUAGAGAAUAUUCCCAAAGAGAUGCUGGUUGAUUUUGUAAAUGCCAUGAAGAAAAACAAGCAUGUGAAAGUGUUCAGUAUGGCCAACGUCGGUGCCGAUGAAAAUGUUGCGUUUACCAUCGCCAACAUGUUACGUGAAAACAGAAGCAUCGCCACCCUAAACAUCGAAUCCAACUUUAUUACUGGGAAAGGGAUCGUAGCCAUCAUGAGAUGUCUCCAGUUUAAUGAGUACCUGAGCGAGCUGAGGUUCCACAAUCAGAGACACAUGCUGGGUCACCAUGCUGAGAUGGAGAUAUCACGGCUGCUCAAGGCCAACAACACCUUACUAAAAAUGGGAUACCACUUUGAGCUGCCUGGUCCAAGGAUGGUUGUUACCAAUUUGCUCAGCCGGAAUUUAGAUAAGCAAAGGCAGAAGAGGAAAGACGAGCAGAAGCAGCAGCAGGUCAACGAGCAAGACGAGCUUAUUGCGGCACUAGAGAAUGCAUUGGAACUGGGCAUCCCCAGGGAACUCUUAGAGAUGUUGGAUAGAUCUCUUCCGAACUCAAGACUGCAAACGAUACCAGAAGAAACGCCACCACCGCCUCCUUUAUCACAACAAAACCGAAACAGACAAAUUAAAGAUAAGCCUAAACAGAUCCCAGAGACACAACACAACUCUGAACCUCCUCCUUUCCAAGAGGUAAAACUCAAGAGGUUUCAACCCAAAUCCAUCGCCCAAAAGCUAUUAGAAGAGGCGGAUAAAUCCAGUGUCAGAAACAUGGUCCAGCUGAAAAGAACAAGGCCCAAAGCAAGUACGCUGGACAAGACCCAGCCAUCCGAGAAAACCAAUCUCAAGGAUGUAAUAAAGACUCUUAAGCCAGUACCCCGAAACCGAGAACCUGUCCUUGUACAGCUGACACCCAGAGAUGAGCUUUUAAAAGAUAUCCGCCACAGUAACGUUGCCUACCUUAAAGCGGUACCUUUACCCAAGGAGCUGGAGUAAGGUGUGUCUUUGAGAAUGAACUGCAAGGUGGAUUUUGAAUCCAAAAGACUGUACAAAGUUUAUUUUUGAAAACAAGUUCUAAGAGAAAUUGAUUAAGUAAAGAGCAGGAUCAACACUGCACACUGGGGAUGGAUGGAAAGGUUCGGCCAUGGACACAAACCUACUCUGCAUUCAGAUUCUACAGUAUUACAGAAAAGCACUGGUUCUGCAACAGCAGCUGCGGGAAGGUUAAGCUUAUUCUUGCUGUAUUCAUUUCCUGAAAUAGUGUGCUCUCCUGAGCAGGAAGGAAGUAGCGCAGCAAAAUAAGUGUUCCCCCAAUCGUAGUAAAGAAUACCGUCAAGACUGAAAUGCAACAUAUUGCAAAAUGCAAAUGGAAAAUGCAGAGUUGAACAACGCAUGAUACAGUACAAUUACAGUUCAUAAAUGAUAGGGGAAAGUCAAGCUAUAUGACUGUAUGCAUCUGUAAAUAUGUAAUAGAACAUCUACACAGGUACGGAACCUGUUAUCCAGAAUGCUUGAGACCUAAGGUUCUCUGGAUAAUGGAUCUUUCCAUAAUUUGGAUCUUCAUGCCUUGUCUACUAGAAAAUCAUGUAAACAUUAAAUAAACCCAAUAGGCUAUCUUUGCCUUCCAAUAAGGAUUAUUUAUGUUUGUUGGGAUUAAGUACAAGCUACUGCUUUAUUAUUACAGAGAAAAAGAAAACCGUUCUUACAUAUUUGGAUAUUAUGGAUAAAAUGGAUUCUAUGGGAGAUAGCCUUUCCGUAAUUUGGAAUUUUCUGGAUAAUGGGAUUCCAGAUAACGGAUCCCAUACCUGUACUAUAAUGACUUAAGGUAUGAUGUAUGAAGAGCCAAAUUACAGAAAGGUCCCUUAUUCGGAAAACCCCAAGUCCCAAGCAUUCUGGAUAACAGGUCCCAUAUCUGUACAGUAACAUUUACACAUAUUUUAUGGCUGAGGUUCUUGCUGGAUCUGGAAGGUUUAUGCACAUUGAAGCGUAUUGUUAAAGGUGUUAUGCCUAAAAAGUCAUUAGUAUUAAACCUUACGAUUGAGUAAAUACCAUCCGAUAAUGGAUCAAGCAGAAUAUGGAACUUGUAACCAGACCCUUUUGUUGCAGAAUAGGUCCAUCAAUUGAUACAGAUAUAUCCAAUUUAUAUCCAAUUUAACAACUGCAAAAAAAAAGAUUGUUUUUAUAUUGAUUAGAAUUAAUGAAGCUCAAUAAAAAAAAAGAAAGAUUUCUCAA